UACCCAUCGCCAGAUCGUCCUCUAAAAACAGCUCCAGCACAAAUAAAUAAAUAAAUAGGACACGCGCCUCGGGCUUGAGAACAUGUUGCAUUUUUGUUGGCGUGGAAACCUUUUCAGCGAACGUGAAAUGAAAAGAAAGACCCUCCCUUGUUGUUGCUGCUGCUGCAACGCAUAUUUCUUCCAAAAAAGAAAAAGGGGCGUUCCCCACAAACAUCUUUAGCAUCCGUCGGCUCUGUUUUUAAAUCGUUUUUCUACCUAAACAUACGCUAGACGGACGUUUUUCAGCGUAUCGCGCCGGAGCCGUCUCAAGUUAAACAGAACCUCAACUGUUAAAAACGCGUCUUGAGACACCUUUGGAACGUGUUUGCUCUGAACGGCCCCAAACUCACCAGCCACGCUGUUGUCAUCGCAACCGGACUGCUUCAGUGGGACUUUGAACGCAUCAGUGGUUUCACCUUUUUAAACCCAGCAAACUUGGAACGUUCCCUCAACAUUUGCGUUUGGUUCCCUCGUUACCGUUUGGUUAUUUUUCUGGGAACCAAUUCCUAACGUUUAAGGAACGUUCUAGUAACGUUCUAUUUAUGUUUUUAUUUUUUUUAUUUUUUUUGUAGUAGCCUACCCGUAUACUGACGUCCCCAGAACGUUCCGGAAACCAAAAAUUGUAACGCGCCAUCGAUCGCACCCGUUCUGAAUGCGUAACUAUUUAAGAAGCUGUUGUUUUUGUGAAGGCCAACAGAACUGCUGAAGGCAAAGACUGAUGCUAUAUGCUGUGUCUUCUCCAGGAAACGGACGUGUAGCGCUGAAGACGUCCUUUUUUUCCCUUCAGAGCUGUAACACAAUAGGGACACUGGAGUUAUGAGGCUCGACGGAUAACUGGCGCUGUCCGUUCAGCACCACAACCAGAUUCACCUUGCGCGCAAUGACACCGUAGAAAAACCCUUUGCCCGCCCCCCCAAAACCCUAAACGAGGAGUCGGGAUCUUGGAUUAUUUAAAGGAAAACGGGUUGCAUCUAUCCUUUGGAGUCAUUCAAGUCCAUUUAACCAUUGUGGAUAAAGCGCUUUUGGAUUUUUAUUGUUGAUCUCAAAUGGUGAGAAAGUGUGGCAUUGCGCACCAGCGAUAUAGCUAUUGGUCUACUUUUAUAAUACAAAUCAUUUGCACUCUUUCUGAACUUUGCAAUGUUUGCAACGCUGAUUGGUUUGAAUCGGUCUAUACACAUGUGUUGCACGGCUCCCACCAGUACAAUGAUGCCCGGCGUUGGUAGGAGAUAUGACUAGAAAGGAACGCGAUGGGCCAAGGCGACGACAAGGAUCGCAUCGUGAUCAACGUCGGAGGAAUCAAGCACCAGACCUACCGCAGCACCCUGCGCACCAUACCCGGUACACGGCUGUCCUGGCUGGCGGAGCCCGACGCACACAACAACUUCGACUAUGAUGCAAACAUCGGGGAGUUUUUCUUCGACCGUCACCCGGGCGUCUUCGCCCACAUCCUCAACUAUUACCGCACGGGCAAGCUGCAUUGCCCGGCGGACGUGUGCGGACCCUUGUACGAGGAGGAACUGGCGUUCUGGGGUAUCGACGAGACGGACGUAGAGCCGUGUUGCUGGAUGACCUACCGGCAACAUCGGGAAGCCGAGGAGGCUUUGGACAGCUUCACCGGAGGUGCUCUCGAUCUCGGGCACGAAGACCCUGAGCCUGAUGGGGUGGUCGAGGCGGCUGAUGGCGACGAGGGCGUUGAGAUGACCCGGAGACUGGCGCAAGGCGACUCGCCCGACAAUAGGUCCGGGCGCUGGAGCCGAUGGCAGAGGAAGACUUGGGCGCUAUUUGAGGACCCGUAUUCCUCAAGAUACGCGCGGUGGAUAGCAUUUGCAUCUCUGUUCUUCAUUCUGGUGUCCAUUACCACAUUCUGUCUGGAGACUCAUGAGGCCUUCAACCCCAUAAUUAACCAUACAGAGUCCACCAGGGUAGGCAACGAAACUGUGGAAAGUGUGAUUUCUGUGACAGAGACCAUGGUGCAGCUAACCUACAUCGAGGGCGUCUGUGUUGUGUGGUUUACAUUUGAGUUUCUCAUUCGAGUGACUACAUGUCCAAACAAACUGAAGUUUGUCAGAAACACCCUCAACAUUAUCGACUUUGUGGCCAUUUUACCUUUCUACCUGGAGGUGGGGCUGAGCGGACUUUCCUCGAAAGCAGCGAAAGAUGUGUUGGGUUUCCUCCGCGUGGUGCGAUUUGUCCGAAUUCUACGUAUUUUUAAGCUAACGAGACACUUUGUGGGUUUACGCGUACUAGGUCACACGCUCCGUGCCAGUACCAAUGAAUUCAUCCUCCUUAUAAUUUUCCUUGCUCUUGGAGUCUUAAUCUUCGCGACUAUGAUCUAUUACGCUGAACGUAUUGGAAGAAACCCCAACGAUCCAAACGCUAGUAAUGACACGCAUUUCAAGAACAUCCCCAUUGGCUUCUGGUGGGCUGUGGUUACUAUGACGACACUCGGCUAUGGCGAUAUGUACCCUCAGACGACUUCCGGCAUGCUGGUGGGCGCGUUGUGCGCCCUGGCGGGUGUGUUGACUAUUGCUAUGCCUGUACCUGUUAUUGUGAACAACUUCGGCAUGUACUACUCUCUAGCAAUGGCAAAACAAAAACUACCAAAGAAAAAAAAUAAGCAUAUCCCACGAGCACCACAACUGGGGUCGCCCAACUACUGCAAGUCAGCCAUUAACUCUCCACGACCCAGUACGCACAGCGACACAUGCCCCCUGGCACAGGAAGAGGUUUCCGAGGUCAGAUACCAAGAUUUUAAAGUCAAUGGGGAGGCGUCCAAAGCUGCCUUGGCCAAUGAGGACUGUCCUCACAUCGACCAGGCGGUGUCGCCCGAGGAAGUCUUCAGCCCCGUGGACCGCGAGAGACCCUGCUUCCUGCUCACCUCCGGAGCAGAACGAGCCAAUCACACAGGGGGAAGAGUAAGGAAGGAGACCCAGCGUGCCAACCGAAGCAGACAACCAACCGAGUCAGUGUGUGUAAUGAACCAUGGUGUACCAACCACUAUGUGUGUCAACCAUAAAGCCACAUCCCCCACCUGAUAGUACCGUAUUUAGCGUGUGUUUGCGUAAAAGUGUGUGUGUUUUCGUUUGUCGUAGAUUAGCAUCUCUCUUUGAGUUGUGACUGAGAAUUAAUUCAGCUUAGAUGUAGCACAAUAACCCUGAGAAGUUGUAAUCAUUCAGCCAUAUGUAGCGCUAUUUCAUUCGUGGUUAAUUGUGCUGUCGUGCUGUGCAAAAUGCCUGGUGAAUUUCCGUUCACGAGUGACAAUGUUGUACACAGUGCUUGUGUGUGCUAGUGUUGUGUAAACAUUCUUUUUUUCUCAUUGAAGUGUUUGUUUUCGGUUGUUUAAAUGUUGUGAAAAUGUUGUUCCAAUCACUUAUCACCUUUCAAUGGGAAAAAAACAAAAAACAAUCCAUGUACUUUGUGGUCAUGUCCAUGUAGUGAUCAAGUUAGCUAAGAAAAUUGUUUUCCAAUGUUUUGUACUAUUGUAGUUACCAUGUAGAGAAUGCCUUUUGCGCUGUUUGCACAAGUUCACUUUUAGAUUCCCUUUUGUUGAACAAACGACUAAAUAUUUUGUAGCUUACAUGUUAGGUUGGUAACUUUCGCGUUAGACCAUGUCCUAACCAGGCAUGACACGAAAAACCAAUAAAAGCGAUAAAGGUAAAAAUCUUUUUGUUAGAUUUUGUGCCACAACCGCAUUUAAAUAUGAGCAACAGAACUUAUUUCUGGGGCGUCAUGCAGGGUAGCCCCACCCAAAGUGAAAUCUUAUUGGUAAAAAAAUUCAGUUAAACAAUAAAUACAUUCUGAUUGGCUGUCAUUGUGUCGCUUUGCGUAGCUUUUUGCGUCCCAUGUCAACAGACAAAUUAUUUAUCGCUGGAAAUGUCACGUCAUUCUUGAUUGGGACUCUCGAUUUGAAGGAAAAAUAACAAGGCUAGUUAGCGCAUCACUGGGACCAAACUCACUACCAGCAUUGUGUUCAACAAGAAAAGUCUUUAAUAAAGUUUAAAAAAAUGCUUAGAUUGAAUUUGAAAUUUCAGAACAUGCAAGCUAUUUUGGAAGCCACCGACGAAAACGGUUUUACGUGAAACUUUCACAAUAGACAAUCCUAUACAAUACAACAUGAUUCUUAGGUGUUCAUUUAUAAGGAACAUUAUUAGACACUUUGUUCGAUUUGAAGGAAAAAUAACAAGGCUAGUUAGCGCAUCACUGGGACCAAACUCACUUUGUUUUGAACAAACUACCAGCAUUGUGUUCAACAAGAAAAGUCUUUAAUAAAGUUUAAAAAAUGCUUUGACUGCAUUUGAAAAUUCAGAACAUGCAAGCUAUUUUGGAAGCCACCGACGAAAACGGUUUUAUGUUAAACUUUCACAAGAGACAAUCCUAUACAAUACAACAUGAUUCUUAGGUGUUAAUUUAUAAGGAACAUAAACAGGGUUUUUGAUGGACUGAGUAAAAGAAAGGAACCGAUACAGUGUCUUAGGUUUGUUUCGAUAUUUAUUUUUCAUUGUUGUGAAAAUGUCAAGUAAACCCAAUUCUUUGGGACCAAACUAGCACACUGCCAGUUGUGUCUUGGGAAUGUCAGCGUUGGGUUCUUUCCUUAAUAUACUGUUCAAAGACCCAGCCUCAUCAGAGCACCAACAUCAGUCAAAAAUGAACUAGUAAUAAAUAUAUUUAAGUAGAAUUUCAGAGGUUGGUUUUGUGACUAAAUAGUCUUGGAAAUAGUAAACAUCGGACUAAAAAAAGGUGAAAUCCCAAUCGUUUGUGCUGUUUUGUGAGACGUCCCUUGUGUGUUUCAGCACACUGCAGUGAAAAGUAUGGAUAGUUAUUUAAACCAGGUGGUGUUUUCAUUGAUGGUUUGAGCUGACAUAUUGUUAAGGCAAUUUUGUGUCUUUUUGUGAAGAGGAAGAAAAAAAAACCAACAAGAUAAAAACAGAAAUAAUGAUAAUAAAAGCACUAAAAACACAGAUUUUGUGUUUCGUUUGUUUUUCGAGUGUAUAAGGCACUGCUGAUGCAAAAUUAAUUUAUCUAUACAAAUUAUAACAUGAUGUAUGAAUGUACAGAUUUUUAUAAAUUAUAUUUAUUUUCAUGCCAAGACCCCAUACGUUUUGUUGCUUUUAUUCCAUGUCUGUUAGCUUUGAGGUAAUUUAUAUGCUUAUGUACUCCUAAAAGUGGACCACAUUAACUCUUAGCAGGUAAAUGCAUAUAAAAUGUACAGUCUUCUCUUCCAGGAACAAAUAUUGACUCAUCUUGCCCUCAAUGGUGUAUAUAAGCUUUUGUCCACUAAAAUGCUCUCUAGAAUGAGAAUGUAUGUCAAAAGGGUAUAAAAACUUAUUUUGAAAUGCACUGCCCCAGCUUUCUGUUUCAAGAAGUAAAUACGUCAACACAGGAAAAAAAUUAGCUCGUUAAGCCAUUUCAUGGGGACUUUAAGUGAAACUUAAAGGAAUAUUCUGGGUUCAAUACAAGUUAAGCUAAAUCGACAUCAUUUGUGGCAUAAUGUUGAUUACCACAAAAACAUUUUUAUUUUGACUUGGCCCUCUUUUUCUUUAAAAAAAAAAAAACAACAACUACAAAAAAACGCACAAAUAAUUUUGCAAAAAUAUAGGUAAAGUAACUAUAUUCAAUGAGACCAGGUUAGAAUUGGCAUUUUGGAUGAACUAUCCCUUCAACAUAAUUUAUUAUACAUUUUAGAACAUGCCCUAUAAAAAGUAAUAAUAAUAAUAAUAUUAAUAAUAAUAAGAAGAAGAAGAACAUACCCUUUACUUGUCACAAUGUCCUUGUCAUUUUUAAAACCUGACAAGUGCCUCUCAUGUAAAAGUUCUUAAUAUUUGCAUACAGCUGCAAAUAGGCUUAGUGUUGUUAAAAACAUUCUAUGAUGUUUCCUUUUAACCUUUCUGAUGUCAUAUGCAUAAUGUGUGAAUCCACAUUUGCCUCUUUGAGACUUUGAUCUAAAAUCUGUCCUUUACAGGCUUAAAUGAGUCUUUCUGAAUAAUUCAUUAAGACCGUAACAUAAGCAAACAGUCUUUGUCUGUCAAAACCCAGUCAGAGAGCCAAAAGCUAUAAACCUGUUCAGCUUGCAGCCUCUUCAUUGCUCUUCAAACUGCACAGUGCCAUGAAUGCCCAGCUCCACAGCCAAUCAGAAGAGGCGCAGUGUCUCUGAGGCUUGGGACUGAUUGUGGUUGUGUGAUGUAAAAGAGGGAACCAUUUCCCCACAUUCAUGUUCAUUCCAGCCCCAGGAGAAGAUUCCACCCCCUAAAGAGAAAGAUGACAUAUCUCCCACAACAAUAUCACAACUGUGUUCACAAUAGAAAUAAGAAAAUUACAGUAUGAACAGCGGAAAAAAAUGUCUCAAUUAUACAAACAGAAAACAUAGCAAAACCUAUGAAUGUUGUUGAAGAAAACAAAUAUAGCUGAGUCUGAGUUUAUGAUGCCUCAAAGAGUCUAUAUUUCUAUGUAUUAAUAUAGAGACAAACAGACAGACCACUUUGAAUAAAAGCAUCUACAAAUAUACAUGUCAAAUUUUAAAUGGGACAUUAAAAAUAAUUGCUAUGAAUGAUAACAAUCACCAAAGACCACAUGGAUACCAGGUUGCAUCUACACACAUCAUACUUCUUCCUGGAAUUGAAUGCCUCUAAAUUGUCCAGCUGGUGGGUGUGGUCAAGCCUGCAUCACCAUGGAAACACGUGCCACGGCAACAUGGUUACAUAACAGGUCCCGUUGCCACGACAACCAGGAGCCAGCAUGCUUUCUCAAGGGUAACUCAUUUUCUCAGAUUUGUUGCCGCCCCCUCUUCUUUUCUCUCUUUCUUCCACACUCCCCUUUCACUGGAACACCCCUUUCUUCUGUCUAACUGAUAAUUUCAUUGUUAUCUUUUUUGUAAGCUAGCUACAAAGCAUGCAUUUAUGAAUUUUCCUUGACAAGCUGAAUUACUGAUAAUAUAAAAUAUAUGCCUGUUUGUUCACCAUAAAGACCGGUAGAAUCAUUGUGCAUGGCAUUUACAUU